GAUCAUUCUCUGAAAAACAUAUUCCAAUUAAUGUGAGACACUUAUUAUCUGCUGAAAGUGGUGCAAAUGAUGGAAUGGGAUUUCCUUUUCUCUUCCUUGCACUUUAUUUGUUAGAAUCACCUAGAAAUCCUAAUGCUGCAAUUUCAAAAUGGAUUUAUUUCGUUUGGGGUUAUCAUAUUUUAUUUUCAAUAACAAUUGGUGCUUUCAUAGGUUGGGCUGCAAGAAAACUUUUAAGGUUGGCUGAGAGUCGGGAUUGGAUUGACAAAGAAUCUUUUCUAGUAUUUGCUUUUGCAUUAGCGGUAAUCUUUGUUGUUGGCGGUGUUAGUAUUCUUGGAUCAGAUGCAUUUUUGGCUUGUUUUGCGGCUGGUACAUCUUUCACUUGGGAUGAUUGGUUUCGUGAAAAAACUCAAGAUGCUCAUUUGCAAGAAGUUAUUGAUAUCCUUCUCAAUUUAACUACAUUCGUUUAUAUUGGAAUGAUUCUUCCGUGGUCAUCUUUCAAUUCGGAUGAUCUUUCUUUGAAGAAUUUGAUCAUUAUUAGCAUUCUGAUCUUGAUAUUAAGACGUUUACCUAUAGUUGUAGCACUUAAAGGUUUUAUUCCCACUAUUCAUACUUUUAAAGAAGCAUUAUUUGCUGGAUAUUUCGGACCAAUAGGAGUAGGUGCAAUAUUUUUAGCCAUAUUCACCAAAAAAGAGAUCAGCAAAUUUCUCAAACAUGAAGGUCAAGAUAUUGAUGAAGAGGUUAUGCAUCAUCUUCAUCAAAUAAUAUUUCCAAUUGUGACAUUUAUUGUUUUAAGUUCAGUUAUAGUUCACGGAAUUACCGUACCUAUACUUAAUAUUGGCUCAAGAAUUGAUAUUGAAAGGUUACCAAGUAUUGCAAGUAUUAGUAGUCAAGUUGCAAGAUUACCAGUAAUUGAUUUUGUUGAAAGUUUGAGUUUGGAAAGUGACAAUCAUGGACGUGUUAGGAAAAAAGAAAAAUUGAGGGCAGAGUUUGGUCGAGUUCCCAUUAAAACCAAUCAUGAUGAACUUAAUAUUAGUGAAGAAAAAGAUGAUGAUGAUGAACUUAUUGACGAUAAUGUAUCACAAAAAAUUAUUAUUACUAAUACUACUGAUGAAAAUACGAGUCAUUCUUCUACACAAAUCGGAGAAGGUUCUAAUCAUAAAUCAGAAAAAGACAGAAAAUAA